CUUGCCCGGGCAUGUGCGCGCGGCGGCUUCCGGGCCGGACACGUGUGAGCCGCGCCGGGAGCGGAAUGCCACCAGGCAAAGGACAGAUGGCCGCGCUGCUGCCCGCCCCCAAGGUCUCCGUGCCCGCCCUGCCGGGCACCCACGGGGGCAGCGCUCAGGCCCCCAAGGGUGCCAGCUCGCCCCAGGCUCGCAGCAAGAAGAAGAGCCGCAAGCACCAGCGGUUCAUGGCGCGCCGGGCCGUGCUGGAGCAGAAGGGGCUGCUGAGCCCCCACAGGCACCCGGGCAGUCAGACCCCCGAGGCGGGGCUGGGGGCACACGCUGAACGCUGUGACAACGUCCCCAAGCAGGCCGUGUCCUCGUCCCUGCCUCCAUCUGCCUCCCCAGACAGCAUAGCCAGGCACCACUCCGUGCUGCUGUCCCCGGGGAGCGGCAGCUCCUGCGGGGUGAGGACGUCCUCCCUGCUGCUGCGCCCGGGCAAGUACGUGGCCAUCGACUGUGAGAUGGUGGGCACCGGCCCCCAGGGCAAGCUGAGCGAGCUGGCACGCUGCUCCGUGGUGAACUACGAGGGGGAUGUCAUCUACGACAAGUACGUGCUGCCCGAGCUCCCCGUCGUGGACUACCGGACGCGCUGGAGCGGCAUCACCAAGCAGCACAUGAAGAAUGCAAUUCCCUUCAAGGCUGCCCAGGCUGAGAUCCUGAAGAUCUUGAAAGACAAGAUUGUGGUAGGACACGCCAUCCAUAAUGACUUCCAAGCCCUGAAGUACUUCCACCCAAAAGACAGGACUCGAGACACCAGCCAGAGCCCUGCGCUGAAGAAGAGGGCAGGGGUGCCCAUCAGAGCCAAUGUCUCCCUCAAGAACUUGGCCAGAUACCUGCUCCAUAAAAAGAUCCAGGUGGGCUGCAAAGGACACUCGUCAGUGGAGGAUGCCCAGACAGCCAUGGAGCUGUACAGACUGGUGGAGGUGCAGUGGGAGAAGGAGCUGGCCCACAGCCUGCCCCCCCGGCCCCCCAGCCCCGUCACAGACCCUGCUGCAGACAGCAGCCAGUACCUGCAGGACCAGUACUGGCCCACAGAGCUGAUGGCAAGCAGCCUGUGAUGGGAGACAGGGUCUCCUCUGUGUGUGUUUUGGGCCAUCCUGGUGCCUUCAGCUGCCAAAGGUGGAUGUGACUGCUGACUCCCUCCCCUGGGGCUCAGCACUGCUCUGCUCAGGGAUGGAGGCAUGGUGACACCUGGACACAAGCAGUCUCCCAGAAAUGCUGUCUGCAGCCUUGAGCUGUCACACAGAAAUCAGGGCCGUGACUGUGCUGUGUUCAUCUGUCACUUGGGGAUGAGCAGGGUCCUGUGUCAGCCUGGAGGAGCCUCUGUGGGCAUCCAGGGGGGGCUGCCAGCACCCUCCAUGCCUUCUGUGGGGCUGUCCUCCUCCCAGACAGCAAGGGACAAGUUUUCCUGUGCAGGGACUGAAGUGUUUUGCUGAUGUCCAAAGGCUGAAAACCAUCUGGGCCAUUAAACGACCGGUUUUCUCCUCACUUUCUUUCAUAGAAUCAUAGAAUAUGCUGAGUUGGAAGGGAUCCAUCAGGAUCAUUGAGUCCAACACCUGGCCCUGCACAGGACACCAAAGAAUCCCAUCGUGUGCCUGAGAGCUUUAUCCAAACACUCCUUGAAUUCAGACAUGCUUGGUGCUGAGAUCACUUCCCUGGGGAGCCUGUUCCAGUGCUCAGCUCCAGCUGUGUGCUGAAUUUCUUGUCCAGAAGGAUACUGUGAUAUGGUAUCAAAAGCUUUGCUUAAGUCCAAAAAGAUUUCAUCACCUGGUGUCCCUUGAUUAGCUAGGUGGGAGCCCUGUAGUAGAAGGAAAUCAGGUUCCAUGAGCAGGACUUUGCCCUGACGAAGCCAUGCUGGCUGUGACAAAUGACUGCACUAUGCUCCAGGUGGUUUUCAGUACCUCCCAGAAAAAUACUUCCCAUGAUUUUACCUGCCAGUGACGUGAGACUGACAGGCUGUACUUUCCAGUGUCCUUCUUGCCCUUCAAAACUGGGGCAACAUUUGCCAGCUUUCAGUCAGCUGGGACCUCUCUGGAUUCCUAAGACUGCUCAGAAAUAGUUGAGCAGCUCUGUAAUGACAUCAGCAGCUCUUUGAGGAUUCUUGGAUGAAUCCCAUCAGGCCCUAUAGAUUUACAGGGAUCCAACUGCACAAUGAAGUUCAAGAGGAAAGUCUGGGUCUAAUCAAUGUCCAGCCUGGACAAGAGCACAGAAUGCACUUCAUUUUAAAUAAAUUAUACACAUGAUUGUCCAAUUCUGAAUUAAAACCUUCUGGCUAAA